AUGGGCCUCGGACAGCUGAAGGACGCUGCGCUCAGGGAGCGUCGCCGUCGUCUUCUUGGCGCGGACAUGGUGGCGACGGUGAGGCGUCCAAGUCGUGCCCAGCUCGGUGCGCUCGUCGACAGAGAACGGCAAACACAUAGCCACCUUGCUGCCACUGCUACAAGUGAUGAAGAAACAAGAACAUUGGAGACUCUGAGGACGGGUCGCCCCACAAAUGCUCACCUUGCUGCCGUUAACAAAAAGAGGAUUGGAGACUCUGAUGAUGGGUCGCCCCACAAAUCCUCUGCAUACCUCGCCAACAGUAGCGGGGAAAUUCACGAUGGAGGCCCGUGCAAGCUCGGCAACAUGUUAGAUGCGAGCCCGAUUCACCGUUCCUGCGGGAUGCACGACCCAGUGGAGGUUGAGGGACUCCUCUGCUCCAAUGCCCCUUCUGAGAUCCGUCCUCAUGCCCAGCUCACUGGUGCGGCGCUCAUCGAUGGAGAACGGCGAAUCCAUCGCCGCGCUGCCACCACAACGAGUGAAGAAGUAGUCGGGCUGCAACAAGUGAAGCAGCAAUCGAGCCGGAGACGCUGUCCUGGGCCAGCGGAGGAGGACUUUCUUCUUCAGAUUGAGGGACCUCUCUGCUCCAAUGUUGGUUCUGAGAGUCGUCGUCCUCAUGCCCAGCUCAGCGGUGCGGCGCUCGUUGAUGGAGGAUGCCAGACCCAUCACCGCGCUGUCACUGCAACGAGUCAAGAAACAAGAGGGCCGGAGACUCUCAUGACUGGUUUCAGCACAAGUGCACUGCGUUCCUCGUCAGCAGUAGCUGGGAUAGGGAAGACCAUGGUACAGCAGACCCUAAUUCACCGUUCCCACGGGAUGUCCGACCCAGCGGAGACCCAUCGCUGCGCUGCCAUUGCAACAAGUGAAGAUGCAGACGGGCUGGAGACUCUGAUCCCUAGCCAGGAGCCCAGGAUAGUGAUUCUAAUGAAGACAAAGACAAAACUGGAUAGUCAGUACUUUGUGUAUGAGAGGAAAAGACUUGAACCUCAUCAUAGUUGGUUGUCAUAUGGCUUAAAGAGGGACACUAUGGAAAAUCCUAAUGCACCACAGUCUGCCUAUAAUGAACUUCUGGUGGACAGCGAUCUGAUAAGUAAGGCCCAUCACCAAGAUCUUGCUGUCUACAGCACCGCUGCAUGGAUGAUAAAUACAAAGACUGAGACCUCUGAGAAAGAGAGUGAUGGAUGGAUGUUAACCGUGUACAUUAACACGACUAUCAGAUCAGGUCCUCGUGCCGUUCAAGCCGGCGAUCCUCAUGCCGUUCAAGCUGGCGAUCGACCUACUAACCUACGUCAACGCGCUGCUCGACGACGUGCUGGCCAUACUUUCAUCUCAUGUGCUCUGACCAUGAAACUGCCAUUCUUGUCGCGGAGUGUUUCUUCGAGCACAAUCUACGACAACCUGAGAAGGUCGGGGAUUACUCAGCUACCACUAUUUUUUUUUAAGAUCCGGUUGCCCGGAAUUAUAUUCUGGGACCGCAUUUCGCUGCUUCCAUAUUUGCCAUUGGGUGAGAAUGGCUAA